AUGAGAUCGGAUGUAAGGAGGAAACUUAACAGGAACCUCGAAAAGCUCGUGGCUCUGUACGCGAUAGUCCAAGGGAAUUGCGACGGGGAAAGUCGAAUUUCAAUCAAUUGCUGUCAACACGCAAGGGCGCUUGUCGGCGCGGAGUCGCGUAAUGAAAUUUCCCUCAGCAAAUACCGCGUGCGUACCGUUGGCCGCGAUCGGCAAUUCGGUAUGCAGGUCAUAAAUGAAUUAACGACGCCGACGUGGGUUCCGGAUGUGGCGCGGCGUCGGCCGGCACCCCAGCGUUCCGCGGCGUGGCUCGGUCGCGACCCGGGACUCGGCUGGGGUGCAAUCACGCCGUUCCCACGGGCCCGCCGCUUUGUUUUCUCUCACGGUUCGCGACAUGUCAUUGCGGCGAUGGCGACGCGACGGGCGCACUCUGAGCGGGCGACGCUC